UUCUCACCACUCUUAAAGAAACUGCUCUCAGAUGCAUGUUGUUCUCUGGACAACCAUGAAGCCCUCUCAUGUGUUAAUGUUGAUAAUGAUUACUGAACUUGUCUCCAUCAUCCCUCAGGUCACACCUUCGGCCAGUGACUGUGUGUGUGACCUGACUAACACUGAGCAGCCUUUCCCUCAUAACAAGCUGCAGACUGUAGAGAACCGUGCCUCCAAGUGCACUAAAAUCAUCACCCCACAGCAGAGUGUGGAGCUGGAGAGUCUGUUGCUGGGUCUGGACAGACGUCUGCCCCAGCUGGAGGCUGAUUUAGCAGUUUUGGAAAAGGAGGACGACGGGGAUCUCUAUGGGACUGUGUCUCUGCAGGUCAUAGAGCACGAACGGGCUGAGAUACAGCAGCUCAUAAACAAGCUCAACAGUACCACUCUCAGCUACCAACGCCUCAACAGAGACACGACACAAGAGGUGAAAGAGCUAAAAGAUGAGAUGGGGGCUCUGGAGAGGUUUGACACCAUGCAAGUGGUCAGGGAAAAGGAGGUCAACAAACGUCUGAGAAGAGACCUGGACCAGUGCCAAAAAGGCCCCCCUCCGACUGUCCCCCCACCUGAACCUGCAUCUGGAAACUGUCCCCAUGGCCACCUUCAGAAUGUGACGGGUCCCAACACAUAUUCAGCUACUGAGUACGGCGCCUCCUAUCCUUACGGUUCCUGGGGUCGGGAUCCAAAACCUGCUGCAGGGAAAGAGAGCUGGUUCUGGAUGGUGCCUCUGACUUCAAGCAACGUGUUCUCCAACUUUGUGCGACUGUACAGCAGCCUGAGCUCUCUGGUCGUCGGGGUCAGCAUCCCAGGUAAUAUAAUAAUUCACUCAUCCAACCCCACCACUAACACCAUCCAAGGACCCAACGUCGUCAUGUACGAGGACGCCCUUUACUACAACUGCUACAACAGGGACGCCGUCUGCUGCUUCAACAUCACCACUAAAACAGUCACCUCAGUGGCAAUGCCCAAAGGUACCGGAUUUAACAGCAAGUUUAACUUCUGCCACCUGGAAGCUUGUUACGGUUACACCGACCUGGACCUGGCUACCGAUGAGUCCGGUGUCUGGGUGAUCUACUCCACCUCUGAUAACUUGGGGAACCUGAUCCUCUCUGAGGUGAUUCCUGGCCUUCCUCCCAAACUGGGUCGGACCUGGAACACUUCAGCCCACAAGCGUGCGGUGACCAACACCUUUAUGGCCUGUGGCGUUCUGUACGCUACUCGGUACCUGACUAAGGAAAGAGAGGAGAUCUUCUACUCCUUUGACACUGUGACUGGGCGGGAGCGGUAUGACGUCGGCAUAGAGCUCAAGAAAAUGUCCACCAACAUCCAGUCCCUCAACUACAGCCCCGUUGACCACAUGCUGUAUGCAUACAGUGAUUCAAUGAUUGUCUCCUACAAGGUUCAUUUUGUGUGAGCUAUAUAUUUGUCACAAAAAUACACUGGUGCACACGUGUGUUUUCGUAAUAUGCUGUGUACAUAUUUACCAUGCAGCCGUUGUGGAAAAAGAAUGCAAAUGAAUCAUGAAUAUUAAACAAAAAUACACUGAUUAAACGCUA